AUGUAUGUACACAAAAUGGACGAAUAUUUCCUGAACGUAGAAACGGGCGAAGUAUCAGUAUUACCUUUAAUCCAAAACGACGAGACGGGCGAAUACGAAGACCUGCCGAUAAAACGGUUCAAAAUACCCAGCUCCUAUUACUGCAAGAAACAAACCGCGCGCAGCAAAAGAACGAACAGGAAACCGCUGAAGGCCGAUCCGUUGGAAUCCCAAUUGAUCAACGCCGCCAUUUUCCUGCUGCCUACCAUGAUAGUUUUCCACCCGGUGCUCUCUAUCAUCGUGUUCGUCGUCGAAAUAAUCGUGCACAAUUGGUUCCACAAAACCAACAAAGCCCUCAAGGAUCGAUCCGUUUAUUUCCGGAGCCCCCUGCACGGGAUACUGAAGGAAAUGUGCGGCAGAUGCAAGGAGGAGAGCGCCACCGUUCAAAUAGCCAAACUACAGGACAUACAACACGAUAAAUUGAAAAACUACCUCAAGCGAGUCGUUACGUAA